ACUUAAGGGAACCCCCACCUGGCUUCUGCGUAAAAAACAAAUAUUGAAGACGCAGAGGGUUAAUUUCAAGCUCCCACCACCACCACCCACAUCUCCAAUUUGAAAGCCGCCUCUCUACCGGGAGAGGAAGACUCUUUUUCGGUCAGAUGGCGUGCUGCAGUCCGCCCCCGUCAUUCUCCAGCCCACACAGACAGGGCAGCCAGCAACCAAUACGCUGCGCCGGAGGAAGAUUUCUGCCAGAGAUUUCAGACGAGGUACGAUACUCAAAGGGGAUUUACUACGCCAAUCCGGGAAAGCUUUCGGCGAUAUAGGUAACAGGGUAAGCAACGAAUAGGAUAACGACUGCGAUGUGUAUCUGAGGAAGGAGUUUUCUGCGAACAUCUGGCUCACGGAUAGACUAGCCUAGGCUAAUUAAUUGCCUCCAGUUGGUGGUUUUAUUUUAGCAGGAGCCAAUCCAAGUGUUUCUACUUUAGUCUGAUCGUCUGACAUGUAACGUGAUUUUGUUUAAUUGAUCAACCGAAAUGUGUUUGUAUUUCUUUAUCAGUUUCACUGCGGGAGUAGCCUACCGACCUGUGACAUCGGUGGUUUGGAGACACACCUUACUAUUUUCCCGUUUCUGCACAUUAGUCUACCUGACUAAAGGAGGUUCAUGUCUUUCCUUUCUCCUAAACUUUCCACAGCUGUGUGCCAUGUCUCUGCCACGCACACUUGGGGAGCUGCAGCUCUAUCGGGUGCUGCAGAGGGCCAACCUGCUGGCCUAUUAUGAAACCUUCAUCCAGCAGGGUGGUGACGAUGUGCAGCAGCUCUGUGAGGCAGCCGAGGAGGAGUUUCUGGAGAUCAUGGCUCUAGUUGGCAUGGCCACCAAGCCACUGCAUGUGCGUAGGCUCCAGAAAGCUCUCCGAGACUGGGCAGCAAACCCUGCCCUUUUCAGCCAGCCUGUCUCUAACGUUCCUCUCGGGGGCAUCCCACUGUUCAAAGUGGAGGGGACUGGCACUGGUGGAUCAGCAGGCGGGCCCAGGAAGUCUUUGAGCAACGGGCAGCCGGAGUCACCGUGCGAAAGGGAAGAUCGGGCGUGUCUUACUCCAAUGCACAGUGGGAGUCCAAGAAGCCCUUGCUCCCAGGCCUCCCCACAGCCACCAGACACACACUACAGGGAAAAACUGUCCCCCAUGGACCCACACUGGCUCAGCCCAGAGCCUGAUGGGGCAUCUGGAAUAGACGAGGAGCCCCCGAGCCCACCUCUGCUGUCACCAUGUCCGCCAGGUCCCUCCACAUCUCCUAGCCCCUCUGUUUCUCUUGCCUCGUCGGCCCUGUCAGCCUGGCCCGGAGGACAGCUGGAUGGGGAGACCGCAAGGGCUGUGGUGGAGAGUGUGGAGAGGCUCCUCAGGACCCUGCCCAGGUCGGAUCCUACAGAGUGGAAAACUCUGCUUAGGAUGAACAAGAAGAUGGCAAAGACUGUGGGACACAUCUUCAAAAUGGGGUCCCAAGAUGUAAGCAAAGAAGAAGAAAUCCGAAAGUACAGUCUUAUCUAUGGACGCUUUGACUCCAAGAGGAGAGAGGGGAAGCAGCUCACACAUCAUGAGUUGAUCAUCAAUGAAGCUGCAGCCCAGUUCUGUAUGCGCGACAAUGCCCUUUUGCUGAGACGGGUGGAGCUCUUUUCUUUGGCUCGGCAGGUGGCGAGAAAAUGUGCCUACACCUCCACACUAAAGCAUGCAAGGACAAAUACUGACGAGAAUAGUGUACUGUGCCAGAAGAGAGCGAGACAUGAGGUCAUCAUGCCUGAGAGUGUGCCAUCAUUUCUCGGAGUGGAAGGCUCAGAGGGUUUGACGCAGAGGGCAGAUGAUGACAGCUUAUCUGCAGAAAGCCUCGACAGUGUAUCGCAUGAUAUUGGAUCACAGUGCAACCAGUCUCCAUCCCCCCGUCCCCACACCGACACGUCCAACCCUGCCAACUGGAGUCGCCAUCUCAUACAGCAAACACUAAUGGAUGAAGGGCUGCGAUUGGCUCGGAUGGUGUCACAUGAUCGGGCUGGCAAGAUCAGCCUAGGGUCAGAACAAAAUCACUCUACAGACCACGACAGUAAAGUUGAGAGGCGGAGCUCGAUAACAGUGUGCAGGAGCAGCAGCCCUUGCAUCACCAAAGACGACUCUAAUCAUCGAGGGAAAUGAAAACGCUCAGCUUUUGUCAGGCAACCUGUCCUCCGGCCUGCCACUAAACUUCACUUAGAGUCUGCAAUACUGACACUGACUGAUCUGAUGAAGAGAAGACUCUUAUCGACUUCAAAAUCAAUACAGUAAUUAUCUGAAUUUACCAGCAACUGACAUCGUAAACCUGCAGUGACAUCUGACCACUAACAUUGUUGAUCAAAAAUGUUUUGAAUUCAAAUUCAGUGAAUGUGUAGAAGAGACACUUUUUUUUUUUAAAUACAUGGACUACAUGUCCUGCUGAUUUUAGCUGAUAGUGGAAAAUGUACUGAUUUUAUCAGGACAAACCUGACUUUGUUAAAUUAAGUCUACAGUGUAUUGUGAGAAGUGCCAUGUGAUGAGAGUGCCACCUGUUUUAGAAGAAAUGAGCUUGACACAGCAGGGGGCACUGCAACUUUGGAAAUUGUCUCUCUAAACUUACUCCAGUAUCAUACUGAAAUUUGGUUUCAAUAGGAAGACUUUUAUCUACAUUUUCAGAAAGUUACAACCUAAAAAUGAUAACAUUCUCAGCAGCUCCUCACAAUCAGAAAAAAAAUGAUGAUUUAAAGAUAAAUAAAGUCCAUGUAGAUGGAUUAGUAAAAACAAAACAAAAAAGAAGCAGGUGUGGCACAUUAUUCUAGAUUUCCCAGAGCGUAAAGACAAAACGGCGUGAGGCUCAGAGACUUUUUGUCUUUUGCUGCAUCAUCUAAUCCCACAUGAAAUCUUAACAGGUCUCGUUAAGUUUAUGAGAUAUAGAGCCACAGGUCUUCAUCAUCCCCUCCCUCACACCUUUCUGUAUAUUUUGCACAAGCAGCUGAUGUGGUGUUUAGUAAAAAAAAAAAAAGAUACAUCAGGCUUUUCAUUUUCUUAAAUUAUGUGCAGAAUGUACUGAGAACCCCUUGUCUAAACAUGAUAUUAAGAACACCAAUGCUUUUUGAUUUCCAGUCCACCGUUAACUUUUCAGUUGCCACUCUCUACACAUCAGGUUUUCAGCGUCAACUAUAGGGUCUUGCGCCAGGGCUCUUCCGCAGGGAGGAUGCUUGCCAUCAUCAGCUGCUCUUCCCUCUCAUCUCAAGACUGCAUUCAAAACUAUAUACGUUUAAAAAACAUUUAUCACAGAACUUUUAGAAAAUGUGGAGAUAAGUGUCGAUUUUUCAAUGCGAUUCUAUUUAGGCGUAGCGAAAAGAUAUGGCAGCGUGUUUUCGGGAUGAUUUCUGUAGUCCUAAUUAGGUGAACCUUGUGUCAGUUUCCCUCUUCUGUCUUUUGAGACUUAUAGUAAAUUAGGGUGACUACUCUUACUAUUACUGUACUUUCUAUGCUUUAGAAAAAGAAAAAAAACAUGCAGAGGUUUACAGAAAUAAGUCUCAUGGUGCUUGACUCUUGAUACAGCAGCUCCUACAAAUCAGUCUAUAUGACCCUGUUUAAAAUUGUUAAAAUGUUUUCAGACUUCACGUGACAACAAGGCUCAUGUUAAAAAUGCAUUUUUGUAUACUUAACCAGAGUAUGUCAGUGAGGUAGCUUGCUGUGCAUCAGUUACACCUGCCUGUCUCUUGAGCAUUAGUAACCUCAGUUUAUUAUGUUGCAAAACAGAUUAUUUAUUUUGUUACAUCUCAAUAAAUGUUAUUUUAUUGCCUAAA